UUAUCUUUGUGCAAUAGUAUUCUGAAGAAGAAGUUUCCUUUACUUUCGUAGACGAGUCCAUACCUACGUACAGUAAAAAGAAACGGGAAACUUGUGAGUGUGUGGGUAGAGUCCUUGGUCUCGGCUUUGGUUUUUAGGUUGUGGCUUAGACUUCUCAGUUUCUAACCAACGCAAGAAGUCUCAUGUAUGCACAAGUAAAAACGGUUAGUAAAAAGACUCUACCAUACCUCCUGAGAGGAUUCUUUUUUUUUUCAAAGCCAUGAUAUGUCAAUUCCAAUCCGAAUGAAAUGGAUUUUCGACGCCCAUUUUCAAUGGCCUGGAGGGGAUGCGAGAGGAGCCAUCACCACCGUCGAGCUCAUUUAUCAUUUAUCAUCACACCUCUAGAAUGAAAAAGAGCAAUCCGUCCUCACCGAGCUUGCAAUGCAAAUGAGGAUCUAGUCCUUGGCACAUUAUCGAUAACGUUGUCAGGGUGCUUGACUCCACGUUUGAAAUAGGCGCGCUUUGGGUUUCGAUCAACUAACUGAGAUGGGGGGCCCGAUUUAUGGAGACAGUCGCUGAUGAUGCGAAGAGGGUUGUGGCUCCCCUUAGGUAUCCAUUUAAGGCCUGAGACGCGACAGAACAUUACACGCAAGUAGUGCAUUAUGUGGCUCCAAAAUGGAGCCACUAAUGGAAAACAAGGCUCCCACCUUGAUCGAGAAUGUACUACAAUGGUCAACAGGACAUGUUUGGGACAAAUGUUGACUUAUGGCGAAGUCAAAAGCCAUGCACGGAUUCGAUAAGAAUGUGUACCUCAACAAACCGUGAUUGCAGCCACAAUAUGGUGUAAUUAUUGUCGAAAAAUAGUCCCCCCCCCCUCCUCUCCCCGACACAUUGACAACCGUUUUUUUAAUCUGCCCACGCUAUUUUACAUCGGUUGAUGCCCAAGUGGAUUCAUCAGACACCAACACCAACCUCCAACCAACGAAGUUGGCGAUGGUUUUCUGGAGGUUGAAACUUACGCAAUACAGCAUGUUCUAGGUACAGAUUGCUCCCAAUUCUCUCCGGUUCUUGGGUGAAAAGGUCUUUAGAGCUAGAUCAUUUCAACAAUCCGCCCUUGAACACCAAAACUGUCGAUGACGUAGACCCGACAAAAGGGCGUAGGCCGAUACUCUUGUUAGAGAUCCCAAUGGAAAGCUUAAAGCAAUUUAGCUCAUCCCUCAAGUUUAGACAUGUCAAGAGCAAAAUGAAGCGCCUAUUGGGAAACCUGAAUAAUUUUGCAUGCGAAGGAGACAUUCAUUACCGAUUAAAAACACAUUUUUACCACCGUGUACCACACUCACCAUGCCACAAUCCCCGGAUAUCAAGGGAUUUUAUGGCAGAUGUCAUGGUAAACUUAGGUUGUGAGGUAUUUUUUUUUUGCUCAUCAGCGGCUUGGCGCCUUACUAUUCACGUCACUUUUUUCUUCAUGGAGCGACGAACUUGUUUCUCGAGGCCCUCGUUGAAGUAGUCGCUCAUUUUGAGUGGGAGUGGGCAGAUCUCUCUUGACGUAGCUCUCUCGCGCACUCAAUGACAGACCGAACUUUACGAGGGCAGUGCUGAGAACGAACCGACUCUCUAUAGGAUUGGAAUACCCGGGCUGAAAAUAUCGAAGGCGUUAUUGAGUAGGAUUCCCGGGUUCUAGAGAGUACAACAAUCAUGGAUCUCUGGCAGUGUCUUGGAAUCCCCAAGGAAGAACGAAUCGACUCUCCGCAGCCAUCCCGAUUAGUGAGAUCCGAGGACCGCGAUAUCCGUCCGAAGCCUCCAAUCAUUCCGGGAGACAUGCGAUCCCGUCGACAAAGCCUUCCCUCGGGGUCCACGAUCCCCCCUACUUCGAAGUCCACCCAUUCGACUCUGCCGGGACGGACCCGUCAUAUGAGCUCCAGGAGUAGUCGGAGUAACACCAACAGUAACGAUAUCAAGCAUUGGGGCAGCCAGCUCUCUCUCCGAAGUGAAAAUAGUGUCCACGAGCUGCGGAGUCGAACCCUUAGGCCACCAUCUCCGGAAACAUUGCGUCGAUCGCGUUGCAACACGCCAAGUCGAGGUCGUUCUACCACUCCCAAACCAGUGAUUCCGGACACCAAGAUUACGGAGGCCGUGGCGCCCACCUUGGACGAUUAUUUGAGGAAGCCCCGUGUAGUGAGCACUUUUCGCCAUGGGAUCAACCCACAGGCAAAUCCACCCAACCCAUCCGAAUUUCACGCCAAACGAUGGGCCAACUAUGAGAGGCCUCCAUAUCGCAAUCUACGCUUAGGAUAUUUUUUGGAAGGCCCUCAAGGAGGUGAUGGCGAGAUCAUUCCCGAAAUCCUGAGAGAGUACUACAGAGAUACCUAUCUUACCAACCGUCUGUGACCAUAAAGGAUGUGGAUUUGCUCCUUGAUAGCCAAUGUUUGGACUGCAUGGAGACGACAAAUACAUUCUUUUCUAACAAACUCUGA